AAGCUUGUAUGCUCAAAAGUUGUUGCUUGGUGAUUUGACCAAACCUACCUCGUGAUGGCGCGCAUCGUGACGCGACAGAACUUGGCAAUGGCCUUUAUUUUCCUCCUCGCAGUCCGGGAUGUGUCUGCGGCACGCGACAGCUAUCUCGCAGGAGAGCUGGCAUCUCUGUCUGCGCUUUCUGCAGAUGCGAAGACGGAGCAGGAGGAGCGCAAUGCUGCAGUGAGGGCAGCUGGCUCCUUCUCCAUCGACACCAUGUGGAGUAAAGGCGACGACACUGCGUGGUUUUCAUCGCUCACUUGGCUUCAGUCCGAGGUGAAGUUUGCUUACAAAGAUGGGGCUGCUGGAGACGUGGCGCAGUACGUGGAAGUGACCGGCCUGGACAAGCCCUAUCGCCUGCUGCCGGAUACUGUGGUAUUGAACCAGGAGAUCAACGGCAUGUCGGUGGUCGGAAUUGUUGGCUACCAGGCUUGGGACUCGAAGACCUCCACGUACGGCUCCAGCGUCUACAACAAGAAGAAGGCCUUGUUCCUCCGCACCGAGAAGAAUCCCGUCAUUGGCGUGACCACUGAGCUCAGUAGGGUUCUUUACGUGGCCCGCCAAGCAGGGCUCAAGGUCUACAAGAGCAACAAGGCAGACGCCAAGGCGUACUACUUCGAUGGCGGCAAGGUAAAAACCAUCUCGGAAGCCGAGGUUAACUUGCAUGCUACGCCUGCGCCUGAUGUUCUGGCAAUCAAGAUGGAUGGCCAAGCGGACAAGGCACUCAGAAAGCCCAAUUUGGAGCUGAUGACUGCGGUGGACGCCAUGCUCGGCCAGAGCUCCUGCCUGAACAGCCCCUCCUUAUGCGCCUUCAGGUGCACUUACGACUCAGAAAAGGACGUCUGCGGACCCAUCGGCUUCUGCCACAAGGUGUCGGCGUCCGAGGCAAAAAGCGUCCUGGCGCCGUUCGGGUCAGACCAGAAGUGCAAGGCAGUGGGCGCCACUACGCACGAGGCGGCGGACACUGUAUUGACGGAUGCGGUGGAGACUGUGAAGGCCAUGGCGCUGGAAGUGUCCAAAAAGAUGGAGGAGAGCGAGGCGAUCGGCAAGUCCGACGCCGGUCGGGCCUCGAUGAAGCACACGGUGGGCCUGUGGAUGGAAGCCGGCGAUCUCUUGAAUGUCCUGGAGACGUUGCCGCAGCGACUGGGGGACCAGGCGGGGAAGUUCACGGCUGCGGCGCGCCGGGCGGGGCAGGUGGACAUGAGGCACUGGCGCCGCGCCCCACAGGUGCUGACGGUGUCGGAGUACGAGGC